ACCGUUGAAUGCCUAAACUACCCUUCUCCUCCCACAAAUUCCCCAAAAUCCCCCUCUAAAACUACUUGUUCUUCAAGGCGCUGAUUCAUACUAAAAGAGACACAGGCAGAGCGAAGAAAGUGAGAAUUCGAUCGAAGAGGGCAGAUCCGGAUCAAGAAGCAGAUCGAGAUGGAGUGCGUGUUCGGACUGGUGGGCGAGGGGUACGCCAUAGUGGCGGCGGACACAUCGGCGGUGCACAGCAUACUGGUGCACAAGUCCAACGAGGACAAGAUCAUGGUUCUCGAUUCCCACAAGCUCAUCGCGGCCAGCGGCGAGCCCGGAGACAGAGUUCAAUUCACGGAGUACAUACAGAAGAACGUGGCGCUCUACCACUUCCGAAAUGGGAUUCCUUUGACCACCGCAGCCGCAGCUAACUUCACCCGAGGCGAGCUUGCCACCGCCUUGCGUAAGAACCCAUACUUUGUGAAUAUCCUUCUAGCUGGCUAUGACAAGGAGACAGGCCCAUCACUUUACUACAUCGACUACAUUGCUACACUUCACAAAGUUGACAAGGGAGCAUUUGGUUAUGGGUCCUAUUUUUCCCUCGCGACAAUGGACCGACACUACCACAGUCGCAUGUCUGUGGAAGAAGCCAUCGAAUUGGUUGACCAGUGUAUAACGGAAAUAAGGUCCAGACUGGUGGUGGCACCACCCAACUUUGUAAUAAAAAUUGUUGACAAGGACGGAGCAAGGGAAUAUGCUUGGCGUGAAACCGUCAAGGAAGCUGCUGUUGCUUCAGCCUGAAUCCUUGUCUUUGUUCCUUUUUAGUUGGGUGUUUUUAUCUCUCUCCAAAAAACCGGUUUGUAAUACUCAGUACUGCUUGAUAGUUGUGUUGUUGGAUUAUUAAUGCAACUCUUUUGUUAGGAGAGAGGUAUUUUACAAUGCCUUUAUUCAGUUC